AUGCAGGCGAUCAGCAACAAAGACGUAGAGGUGGCCGACCUCGACCGCCUAUUCGAAGAAUAUGUGGAGAUGGACCUGCUACACCCAUUCAACAACUCAGCAUCCGGCCAAUCCAGCUCAGAUGAGCUGGCGCGUCUCUUCGAGCUUGCAUCGUCGAAUGAGAGUGACUUGUUCAGGGCCAACCCUAUACUCGAUCGGGAAACAAAGGCUGCUUGGCACAAGGCUCUCCAGGACUGCGAUGAGAACCUCACCUCACCAUGGUCGGACGUUUCUACCUCAUCUUCUUUUUCCGCCUCCUCCUCCACUGGAAAAGAGUCUCCCAGUGAUUCCGCGUCGUUGAGCUUCCCCGCCGUCGUUGAGCUUGACAGAGAUCAGUUGCAGUCGGCCUCUCAGCCUUCCACACCUCGACCCCACACCUCCGGCCGACUAUUCAAGAAGGCUGUGUCUUUUCACAGCCAAUUCCAGCAUUGCGGGAUCAAGAAGCCGUCAAAAAAAUCGUCGACGAGAUCUUCCUCCAAGAUGAUGCAGUCGACUCAUCCCCGCUUUUACACGCCGGACUUUUGGAGCCGCAAGACGGAAACUCCGAUCGGUUGCCUGGCGAGGAACUCGUGCGCGUCAUACACAGCAUCACCCAGGCCGGUUCAGCAAGAACAAGACCAUGAUUUUCUUAUCCAGGAAUACCAACAAUCUCGCACGCACACCCACUCGCUGUUACCAUCUCACAGUGGAAAUGUAUCACACCACCACUCGACUUCUCUCAUGUCAGCAGCCAUCGGGACUUGCAGCGUAAACGGCUACAACGAGAACAUGCACCUUGAAUACGGCUCUUGCAACGCGUCGAGUGCUGGGCUUCCAGCCUUGCCAACCCCACCCUCUUCCCUUCCCCUAGCCGCAGAACCCUGGUGUCCAGACACAUCCUGUACCCUGGACUUUGACCUUACAGCCUCGACCGACUUUAUCGACACGACAAAGGCAUCCAACUGGUGGAAUACCUCAGUGCCCAGUACUCAACCAUGCUACUCUAUCGAAAGCCCCUUGCACUUUACAAGCCAGGCUCUAGAUGUCCCCGGCCUAGGCAUAACAAGCGCCACCACCUCGUUUGACUUUGGCGUCGUAAACGCCCACACACUCGCCUCUUCAGCCUCUUCUUCUUCUUUCAACAUGCCCUCAUACACCCCAAUGCAACCCCCACCGCACCACCGCCCCUCAUCCCCACAAUCCCAACCGCGCACCCACCCCCGCCGCAAACCAGGCUCGCGCUCCCGCCGCCCCUCGCAGCGCCGCAAAUCCACAUGCAGCACUAAUAGCGCCAGCACCGCCACGGCCAGCGUGGGCUUCGUCAACUUCACGCCCGAAGACAGCAGGAAGAUUCUCACGGGUGUGGCGCCCAGCGGGAGCAGUAAGACCAAAGCACGGCGCGAGAAAGAGGCGGCGGAUCGCCGGCGGAGAUUCAACCAGAUGGCUGUGCAGGCUGUUAUGGCUGUGGGUGGCAAUUUAGAUAUGAUUCGUAGUCUUGAGAGGGAUGGGCUGUUGGUUUCUUAG